ACGCACACACACACACUCACACUCACAGAGCAGAAUCACAGCAGACGGAUCAGAUCAGGAGUUUGUUCAUCAUGUCUUACGGCGGAUCAGGUUCAGGAUCUCGAGGUGAAUUCAGCGUUCAUUUCUCCAGCAGAAGUGGAGCAGGACUCAUCAGAGCUGAAGAGGCUGCAGGGAUCGCUCUGCUGGCCGUGGUCCUCACCGCGCUGCUCAUCCUGGGCUGCUGGUAUUACCGCCGGAGGGGGGGGUACAAGAUGAUCCGGAGCGAGAGAAACAGCAGUCAGUCGUGGAGAGAGAUGAUGAGAGCGGGUCAGUACAGCGAGUCUGGAUCCGGAGAAGAGAACAAACUAGCCUUGAAUGAGUUCAGCAACCUGCAACCAGCGAUCCCGAACGCUCCUCCAGCCUACGAUAAGAUCGUCUCCGGACCGUCUCCUCCUCCUUACUCCCCUUGAGACACAGACCAGCGACCGGCUGGAGUCCUGACCGAGGCUUUCUGACCGAAGCACGUGGACUAUAACAUCUGACACCUGUGCCUUUAAACACAACACCAUUCAUCAGACACGAGGCUAAUAAAGUCUCAAAUUCAUUUAAUCCAAUAAAGUUAUUGUUAUUGUUUUCUUAGUUAUAGAUUUAUUCUGGUUUAAAUGUUGUUUAUUUCUGUUCACUUCUAAUUACCUAAUUUACUUGUAAUAAUUCAUCUUUAUCAAACAUAUCUGUAUGUUAUCUGACUGAAAGUGAACACCUGUCAUGAAACACUUCUUCACACUUCAUCACAAAUCUCUGACAUAUACGAGACAAACUAGGUUUCUGAAGAGAUGCUGAGCUGUUUUUGUGCAAACUGUUCAAUGCAACACAUUAAACAAUAAAAUACUGCAUUUGUUUUCA